UAAAACCCGGAAGUGUCAGAGGGAAAAAGUGGUGUGUUGGCAUCCUGGAGACAUUUCGAUCAAAGUGCAAUAAAAAGCCGUCGCUCGUGUCCUCACGCCGCGCACACACGUGUCGUUAUGCGGGGACACUUCCACUGAGCAACCGGAGCAACGUCAGCAGUGCUGAGGAGGGAAAAGAUGGGGAAGAAAGAUGCCAGUGCGACCAGAUUGCCAGUCGAGCAGUACAGAAAACAGAUUGGUAAGCAGGACUACAAAAAGACAAAAACGGUCUUGAAGGCCACACGGCUGAAAGCUGAAGCGAAGAAGAAUUCCUCUGGAUUCAGGGACGCGUUCCUCGUCAUCGCCGCGAUCGUGUUGUUUGUUCUCUGCCUCUACGCCUUCUUCUACCUCAACCUGAGCACCGAGAUCAACCUAGACGGGGACGAAGAUUAAUAAGAGGUGGACUGCACGCUGGGAACUUUCUUAUUUUAUGUUACAGCCACAAAAUCAUACCCAGGCUUCAGUUUGUGAGCAGUGGACACACUUUGUUAUUGACACAUUGACAAUGAACUGUCUCUUCAUGAGGGAAUCCAUUUAACAAUGUAAGUUUCAGGCCAUUUUGAGAUUUGACAAACAUUUUCUAUUGUCCCUUGAUUUUCAGUGUGUGAGCAUACAAUGAAACUGCAGUAAUUACUGUACUGACAAUAAUGCUAUGGUUUUAAAUCCAUAAAUAGUAUUUUUUUCUUACCUUUUCUAUCAUUCCGCUACAAAUUCUACUUUAGGCAAUGAAACUGAGCAUCCUCUCACACAAGUCUUCCAAACUGCAGUCGAGCUCCAGCUCUGUUAAUCAUAUUCCGCCGUGUCACGUCCCACUGUUUUCUCCACUAAUAGAAAAAUGUAAAUCUCCCGUGGAACCUCUCGUCACAUCAAGACAAACACUUGCCUCACAUUCCAGUGCACAAACCUCUCCUCGCGGAUAGCCGGAGAUCACAAAGUGUGAGAUUAGAAUCCACAAAGCCCUCGUUCUGAUUGAACAUGUGUGCGGAAUACAGAGAUACGCAUUGUACCUGCAGCACAUACAUGCAGCACUUAGACAGACAUCCUCUGGAUUAGCAUUACAAAUAUGAGGCUGUUCUUUCAUUUGAAUGGAAAUUACAGACAUGACUGACGCAUGCUGCUCAUAAGGAACACCUUGAUGAUUUUCCUCUCGGCAAAUGUAUGUGUUGUUGACCCCUUUACAGUGUGAAACGUACUCUAUAGAACGAGAUAUCAAUAGGUUUUUUUUUUUCCACUUCAAUGUCAGGGUCUUUUUUAUUGAGUCCACAAGCCAUUUUGAAAUGAUAUAUUUUUUUGCAUUUAAUUAUCACUUUCUGCUGCAAGCACACAUUUCAGCCCUAACUAGCAAUACCAGUGCUGUUUUCUAAAAGCCAAUCGAUGCAUUAUUUUGGAAACGUCUUUUAAUGCAUAAAAGGCCGAUACCAAAAACACAAGAGGCCUUGUGACUUCUUUCAUUCCGAACAUGUCUUUUUUUCUUUUCCAUUGAGUCUUUUCUUAAAAAACAAGUCUUAACAUCUGUGUCCGACUGUGUUCUGCGGCUCGAAAUACGAGACAGAUUUGGUGCUUUCAGUUUCUGCAUUUUCUCCCAUGACCUCCUGACCUCUUGUAAAAGACUACAUGUCAAAGAAACCAUUAUGAUAAGCAUGCACCCGUACCCUCACCAUGGGGCUUUUAUCAGGCCUCGGUACAUCCACGCACCCCCCACCCCUUGCUUGUGUAACAAUAGACAGCCCGGGCCCUAAUAGACCUUCAUACAUAACACCUGUUAUCUAAAAGGUCACUGUUAUCAAAUACAAGAGCUCUGACAUCAGCACGGUGAUAAGGAUCGCAGCACCAUGAGCCAUGUUUGGCAAGAUGAGAUGCAAACUAUUCUUCACAGCAGUGUAAUGAUUAGUGCUGUUUUGAAUUGGUUUGAAUACACAUUCUACAGUUUGCUUUGUUGCUAUGGUUCAGUUACUGGAUGCUGUGUGAUGUUUAUCAAUUACAAUUCUAUUUUUCUUUUGUUAAAUUGAUUUUACUCAAAAGGAUGAAUCUCUUCAUAAUUAGAAUAUGUAUAAUGUAAAAAAAACAUUAAAAAAACUCUUUUCUG